AGUUAUGCAUGAUCCAGUAACACUUUGGGACCAUUACACACUCCCAAACGCUGCACAGUCACUUACAGCUUUAUAUACCGUAUGAUACCUGCUAUCUGAACAGGAACUCACUGCAAGGACAGUUAUAACAGGACUUGGGGUGUGGCAUUGUAGUUAAAGCUGUUUAACUCAGGCUUGAAAUUUGAUUGCUCUGGAUGGAGCCUAUUUGUGCUACGGGAGUUGCUGCCCGUUUGAGGAGCGAAUGGGACCGGAAUGAGGGAGUUGGCCAGAACCAUAUGGCCCUGAAAUUCUUGGGUCAAGAUUUUGAAUCUUUGCGUGCCCACUGCCUUCAGAGUGGAUGUCUGUUUGAAGAUGAAACAUUCCCAGCCCAGCUGUCUUCUUUAGGAUUCAAGGAGCUUGGUCUAGGCUCUGCUAAAACGAAAGGUGUCUGCUGGAUGAGGCCCACGGAGUUCUGCUCUGACCCGCACUUUAUCAUAGAUGGGGCCACACGCACAGACAUCUGCCAAGGAGCUUUAGGUGAUUGUUGGCUGCUGGCAGCCAUAGCGUGCCUUACGCUAAAUGAACCUUUGCUACAUCGGGUGGUGCCUCAUGGCCAGAGUUUCCAUCAGCAAUAUGCUGGAAUCUUUCACUUCCAGUUCUGGCAGUUCGGGGACUGGGUGGAUGUGGUGAUUGACGACAGGCUGCCUGUCAGAGAUGGGAAGCUCCUGUUUGUCCAUUCUGCCGAGGGAGCAGAGUUCUGGAGCGCUCUGGUAGAGAAGGCAUAUGCAAAGUUGAAUGGCUGCUAUGAGGCUCUCUCUGGGGGCUGCACAUCUGAGGGGUUUGAGGACUUCACCGGUGGAGUGACGGAGAUGUAUGAGCUGAAAAAAUCUCCACCCAACCUCUUCAGCAUCAUCAGAAGGGCUGUGGAGAGAGGCUCCCUCAUGGGCUGCUCUAUAGAUAUUACAAGUUUGUUUGACAUGGAGGCAGUCACCUUUAAAAAACUGGUUAAAGGCCACGCCUACUCCAUUACUGGAGUCGAGGAGGUGGAGUACAGAGGAAACCUCACAAAGCUGGUGCACAUCAGAAACCCCUGGGGAGAGGUGGAGUGGACGGGAGCCUGGAGUGAUGAUGCAAGAGAGUGGCGUGAAAUCGACCCGUCGGUCAGGUCCCGUCUGCACAAUUGCAGAGAGGAUGGAGAAUUCUGGAUGUCAUUCAGUGACUUCAUGCGUGAGUUCAGCAGGCUGGAGAUCUGCAACCUGACAGCGGAUGCUCUACAGAGCAGUGAGGUGAAGAAGUGGAACACAGCGCUGUACCCUGGUGAAUGGAGAAGAGGCAGCACUGCUGGUGGCUGCAGGAACUACCCAGCAACAUUUUGGAUCAAUCCCCAGUUUAAAAUAGAUUUGAAGGAACCAGAUACUGAGAGUCAAGAUGGCUGCACUUUCCUUGUGGCACUGAUGCAGAAAAAUCGCCGGAGAUUGCGUCGUGAGGGCAAAGACAUGGAGACGAUUGGAUAUGCCAUCUAUGAGGUCCCUGAAGAGUACCUGGGUCGGGUGGGUGUGCACCUGAAGCGUGAUUUUUUCCUCAACCACACGUCCAGCGCCCGCUCCGAGCUCUUCAUCAACCUGCGGGAGGUGAGCUCACGUUUCUGCUUGCCUGCUGGGGAAUAUAUCAUCGUCCCCUCUACCUUUGAGCCCCAGAAAGAAGGAGACUUUGUGCUGAGGGUCUUCUCAGAAAAGGCUGCUGACUCCCGGGAGUUGGAUAAUGACAUUUCUGCAGACUUGCCAGAGGAGCCUGCGCUCCAGGAAAGGGACAUUGAUGAGGGCUUCAAGGCACUUUUUGCAAAACUGGCAGGGCCGGAAAUGGAAAUCAAUGUGUCCAAACUCCAGAUGAUUCUAAACCGCGUCGUUGGCAAACAUAAAGAUAUAAAGACAGACGGUUUUGGCAAAGAGUCAUGUCGAGGCAUGAUAAAUCUUAUGGAUACAACUGGUGUUGGGAAGCUGGGACUGACAGACUUCUAUGUGCUCUGGGAGAAGAUCAAACGAUAUCUUGCUGUGUUUAGGGAGUUUGACUUGGACAAGUCUGGCACAAUGAGUUCCUAUGAAAUGCGCUUGGCACUAGAAUCAGCAGGCUUCAAGUUGACGAACAACCUUUUCCAGCUAAUAAUCCUACGUUAUGCAAAGCCAGACCUGAACGUGGACUUUGACAACUUUGUGGCCUGUCUGAUCCGACUGGAGACUAUGUUCAAAACUUUUAAAACAAUGGACACUGACAAGGAUGGAGUGGUUUUCUUUAGCUUCACCCAGUGGAUCACCCUCACUAUGUUUACUUAGAUGGAAAUCCCUUCUCUUCAUUGCUUGCUUUGUUCCUAAACUAAUUUACCAAGAGACUCCUGUAACCUCGGUAGGAUUUAUGCAGUGGGUGCGUAAGGUCAGGCAUUAUAGCACUCAUACUAUCAGGUAUAAAGCAUGAUAUGUAAUAAAUACUUGAAAUUGCUGAGCAUGUUUUUGUCCUUUAGUGAAUUGGUCGUACAUAUAACUUAAUAUUUUGAGGGCAGUAAAGGCAAGAAUACGUGUAUUACCCAGUAAUCCCAGAAAAGGCACUGAACCCCAUUUCUUUGUUUUCUCUUGUUUGAAAGGAAGAAACUGCCAUAAAGUUUGCAUGCAUGCAAGCAGCAGUUAGGCUAAACUUAAUAUAUCUGAGCCAAAGAACAUUUUAGCAACUUGUAGUAUCAAUGUAGUUGAUUUGUCAGUGUAGAAAGUGUUAAAGGGAUAGUUCAAGCGAAAAUGGACAUUCUGUUGUUGUUUACUCACCAAUGUUAUUACUCACCCAACUCUUAUGACUUUAUUUCUUCUGUGGAGCACAAAAUAUAUUAGGCAGAAGCCUCAGUAACCUUUUGCUUUCAUUGCAUCUUUUUUUACAUACAAUGAAAGUGUAUCGUGACUGAGGUGAACUAUCCCUUUAAAGGGGUCAUGACAUGAGGAAUCAAAUUUCCUUUGAUCUUUUGAUAUAUAAGCGGUCACUGUACUAUAAAAACAUACUGCAAGUUUCAGAACUCAAAACGAAAAAAGCAUCUGUUGAAACCAAGCUGCCAAAAUGACUUUCUCUACUUCCUCCACAUUGUGAUGUCACACUCUGGUAGGCACGUGCAUCUGACCGCAUCCACAACAACACGUCAAUGCUUACUUUACCUGAUCGCUUCUUUAGCCUGCCCAGCAGUGGUGUGCAGUGAGAUGGCAAGAGGAGAGAGCAGGUCAGUCAAGAGCAGAGAGCCAAUCAUAACAGUGGGCGUUUACUGUCAAUCUUAUAGGAGAAGCAGCACCAAAACCACACGUUUCUGACAGAGGGUCAGAAUGAGGGUUUGAAAAUGAUCGUUUUACAAAUAUAUGACUAAAUAAUAAUUUAAUAUUAUAAGUGAACCUAUCAAAAGGAACAAAAAUAAUAAAAAAGGCAUGUCAUGACCCCUUUAAGCAAAACUUAAUAUGUCUGAACCAAAGAACAUUUUAUGUACUUACUGCAUUUUAACAUGUAGAUUAUAGAAGUAUAACUGUGAAAUGGAAGGAGAGAAUGAAUUGCUGACAGCUUAUGCUCUGUACUGCUCUUACAUGAGAAUAUUUUACUGUGAUGUCUCAACCUUGUGCCUCUUUUAAAUGUAGAAUUUUUAUGAUCAAACUACACAUUGCCUUUACUUGUCUUUUUCUGUAUGACUAUUGAUUUUCCAUUGCAAGAAACGGACAACAAUUUAUGCAGUUAACCAUUUUAUUUAAACAACUGAAUCAUAAUAAAUAAAGCCUUAUAAACAAUCCUUAAAAGUGCAAGUGAGUAAAGUGUGUAGUACUUAGUACUUUAAAGGAAUAAUAUACAGCAUAUGCUUUUUACAUGUAUUAAAUGUAUGUUAAAUGUAAAAAAAAAAAAAAAAAAUUAUAUA